AUGUCAGGCUUCCCAUCUCUCCAGCCCGCUUUCACCGUCCGCGUCGACAUCGAUGCGCCGAUGCAAGUCGGAGGCCAACAUGGCGCGCAGCUAGUCAUCGUCCCGAUGGUAUCCGGUACAGUGAAGAGUGAACCGGGCUUCGAGCCUAAGCUGGAUGGAGAGCUGCACGGUACCGGCUAUGACUACAUUCACAACGACGCCGAUGGUGGUAACAUGCGCUUGGAUGUCAGGAGUCAGGUCAAGAACCACGACGGAACGAUUCUAGCAAUGUAUUACAAGGGCACCGUGAAGCUCACGCCUGGUGUCGGCAAGGUGCUAUCUGGUGCCUCGGAUGCUAAGACUACCGACUACGGCGAUUCGUUCGUGAACUUCACUUUCGAGACGGGCAACGAGAAGUACAAGGAUCUUCAGAACGGAACAUAUGUAGCUGCCGGCCAUUUCGUAACAGGCGAGGGAAAGCCAGGUGUUGUGGUGGAGUACAAGGUUAGCAAGGUUGUGUACAAGGCGUAA